AUGGCACACUCGAGGCUGGCUUCUAUCAGCUCUUCAAUAGCAUCAACUACUGCUCACCACAACCAUCCACAAUCAAUUGGACCAUGGAAAUUGGGUAAAACUUUGGGAAGAGGUGCCACUGGAAGAGUAUUAUUGGCUACCCAUCAAACCACUGGACAAAAGGCAGCAGUUAAAGUUGUUUCCAAAUCAGAACUAAGAGAAGAUGAUGAGGCAGGUGACAACAACAACAACAACAACAAUACGAACAAAACUGGUGAAGGAUUACCUUAUGGCAUAGAACGUGAAAUCAUCAUUAUGAAACUUCUUACUCACCCCAAUGUUCUUAGACUAUACGAUGUUUGGGAAACUUCUAAAGCACUUUAUUUGGUUUUGGAAUACGUUGAAGGCGGAGAACUCUUUGACUUGUUGGUGGAAUUGGGUCCAUUGCAAGAGCCAGAAGCUAUAAAAUACUUUCGUCAAAUUGUUCUUGGUACUGCUUAUUGCCAUGCAUUGGGUAUAUGUCAUCGAGAUUUGAAACCAGAAAACUUGUUGUUGGAUGCUCAAUUGAAUGUCAAAUUGGCCGAUUUUGGUAUGGCUGCUUUGGAAAGUAACGGCAAAUUACUUGAAACUUCUUGUGGGUCACCUCAUUAUGCUGCUCCAGAAAUUGUUAGUGGAUUAAAAUACCAUGGAGCUGCUUCGGAUGUUUGGUCUUGUGGAGUUAUUCUUUUCGCUUUACUAACUGGAAGAUUACCAUUUGAUGAUGAAAAUAUUCGUAACCUUUUACUAAAAGUUCAAGCUGGUAGUUAUGAGAUGCCCAUUGAUGAAAUAAGUAGGGAAGCACAAGAUUUGAUUAUGAAAAUGUUGGAAGUUGAUCCUGUCAAGAGAAUUACCACAGAAAAUAUCUUGAAGCAUCCAUUAUUGACUAAAUACCCAAUCUCAAAUGAGGAUUUGAUUAGUGAAAAAUCAUUGCCGCAUCCAGAAACUGCUUAUAAAUCACUUGGCUCUGUGAAAAACAUUGACAAGCAAAUUUUGUCUAAUUUGUCUAUAUUAUGGAAUAAUAGACCAGAACUGGAUAUUAUCAAGUGUUUAUUACUGAAUGGGCCAAACCCAGAAAAGACUUUUUAUGCAUUACUUUUGAGGUAUAGACAUUCAAGCAAUGACCAACAACCACCGUCAAAGUCCACUAGUUUCGAAAACCGAAUGAGCAGAAGUGCCUCAAUUGGAAGGUCUCCAGCAGGUAAGAAACGUACCAGUCAAAUUAGUGUUUCAAGACCAACUUCGUUUCAGUACAAGAAUGCAUUUGGUUCGAGUGGAAGCAACACGAGUAAUAACAGAAUCGCCCACGCGAGAUUGUCUGCAGCAUCUUCGGCCAACAAUUCGCCUAGAAAAGUUGUUAAAAAGAGACUGUCAUUUGCACGCUCUCCGUCUGGCUCACCAUCCAAAUCCAAAACAAGGCAGCAGCAACAGCAGCAGCAGCAUCAGCAGCAGCAGCAGCCUCUACAAUCAUCCAGUAUCAAAGCUACACCACGUAAUAUAUAUGAGGAGAUUGUCGAGUCUCAAAGCACUCAGUCAGUUGCACCAUCCUUACCUUCAAAAGACUCCCAUCAUUUUGACAAAGCUACUUCAACUUUGCCAAAAUUGGCAGAAAAUCCCGUGGUUGACGAAUCACCAAAUUUGGUACAAACCGCAAAAGCAACCACCAAUAAGAGAUCUUCGAUGGUGAGCAAAAACACCAACAACAAAAGAAUGUCAAAAAGAAGGUCAAUUCGUGCUUCGAUGACAGCUGGACUAAAGAGAAACUCCAUUACAAUGAAGAUGUUGUCAGUUUACACCAAAUUAGCUGGUGAGGAUGAUUGGGAAUACAUGGAUAAACAAACAAAGAGAACCUCGGCAACUUUUGCGGCAUUGUGUGACAAAAUUUUCAACCAAGAGGAGUACAAUAAAGAUGAAGAGGAAUUGGUGGAUCCUGACGAAUUGGAAGCUAAAGAGUAUGAAAGAUUGAUGGAAAUUGAGCGCAAAAAACAUGAGGCUGAAUUGAAAGCUAGAAGAGAGUUGGAAAAGAAAAAGAGGAGACUGAAGAGAAGAUCAUUGCUCAGUUCGAGAAAGCUCAGUAUUAUUGUGAAGGAAGAUGAUGCGCCCCAAGACUCCCACAUGGAAACAAUUGAUGAGCAAGAAAUUGUUCAACCUAAACGUCAAUCAAAACAUUUGGGUGCUUUGCGAGCUUUAUCCGAGGGACAAGCCAAAUCCGACGAUCUCACGAUGGAAGAUGUCGAGCAAUUGAAAAGAAGGUCAGCUAGUCAACCCGUUAAAAGAAGAACGCAUACGCCGAUCUUGACCAGGCGACCAGUGUCUCGAUUGGAUCCACUCUGGCAGGCUCACCAUAAUGAACAAAUUGAAAGAGCACAAGAUGCAUUGGAGAAUGAGUGGAAGGGUAACAAAAGAAAGAGUGAUGAAACAAAGACCAAGAAGAAGAUCAAUAGAGAAUCAAUGGUUUCGGUUAUUGAUGAUGCUGGUGAAAACAAUGCAGAUGCAGGCAAGAGAAGACCAUCAAAGGACAGUUAUUACGAUGAGCACGAAGACUUUGAAUUACCUGAGCCUGAUGUUGUCGACUCAAACUUGAGUGAUGAGUACAUGACUGAAAUUAGAAAAUCAAGGUUGCUCAAUAGUCAAAAGAGUCUCAGCAAGAUUGCUGAGGACAAUGAACCAAAGACUUUGAUUAGCAACGUUAGAAUCCCCACGGUUACAAGAAAAUCCAGACAUUUCUCCAAUUCCAACAAAAGGCUAUCGGUCUUGUCAAUGUAUUCAACCAAAGAAUCGUAUCGUGAUUUGAAUUCAAUCAUUGAAUCCCACACCCCUGUCAAUAAUGACGAUGAUGACGACGAACCCCCAUUUCCGCCAUUGAGAACUAGUUUUGCUGAUAGGUUGGAUAAAGCUGGUUUACCUGAGGAAGAUGAAGAAGAUGGUGAACUUGGUGAUGGCCAUUCCGUGAUUGACUUUGAUCAGCACUUGGCUGAUAAGAGAUAUUCAUACUAUGAUUCAUCCAACAAACGCGUAUCACGAGCCUCAACCACCAGGAGAUACAGUAAAUCAGCUAGACCUGAGUCAAAGGUGCCGGCAUUGCCUUCUGAAGACUCUGAAAACACAUUCAACAGCAAAGGUGAGCCAACUGGUAAAAAGCACCGCAAGUCUGCUUCUGAUGGCUCGAGUGAUGCUGAUGAUGUUUUUGACAAGAUCAAACUACCCGAAGGUAAGUCAAGCAAGUCGUCAAUUGAUGUACUUGCAAAUGGCACAUCCAGCUCUGCUCAUAAGCAAGCUAAACAAGCGCAGUCUAGUACCACCCAUGCACCCGAAAAGAAACUCAUUCCGCAUGAAGCGUCGCAACCAAUGACCAAAAUCCGUGAAUCCAAGCCUAGUGGAACCAAGGCUUCUGCCGCAGGACAACUGGCACCACCACCACCACCACCUCCUCCUCCUCCACAUAAGAAACCAUUGGACGAUAAGACCAACAAUUACACGGACCCCAACACUAAAUCGAGAAAAGGAUCAUUUUUGAGGAAAUUUUCUUGGGGAUCGAAAAAGAGCGUUGAUGGUGGGUCCAGAUCAACCAAUAACGGACAGCUCCCCAGCCCAGUUGAAUCACAUGAAGAGAAGCCAAAAUCAUCUUUUCUUCGAUGGUUUUCAUCUUCUUCUUCUUCUUCUCACAACCACCACACACCAGUCACCGACUCCGAGAUACGAAGAUUUGCCACUCUUUUACCACGAGAAGAAAUGGUUUCGGCAUUAUUCACCUUGCUUAAAUCAUGGUCGAAUUUUGGUCUCAAGGAUUUGAAAAAGGAUUCAGUUAGUUAUACCAUUACAGGAGCCAUUUCAAAAUACAAUUCAUUUGAUUUAAAGAGUUGUAAAUUUAGAAUUAGAGUUGCACCAAGAGAUCAAAAUCAAAAAUCAGAAAUUAUAUGUGCUCGAAUCAAGGGGUCCAAAGUGACUACUGAUACCCUAUUUAAUGAAAUUGAAAAAGUAUUGGAGAAGGAAGGUGUUAUGGAUAGGUAA